GACAACGCUUUCAAAACGCUUCAUAAACUUCAAAAACUACGCGUCCCUUCCUCAUCGCAACAAACAACAAUAACCCAAACAAAAACCCUAACUUUCUCUCUCCUCUUCCCUCUCUUUCUCUCUCUCUCUUUCUCCGCGUUUUCCCUCACUUUCCGUGAUUCCAUUCCAAUUUCCACCAACGCAGAUCCUACUUCACAUCAAUCCUCGCUUGCUGCACUCCAUGAAUGGAAGAUAAAGACAGAGCAACCUCCGAUCCAUCCACCGCCGCCGGUGACUUCGCCGGCGAGUCCAGUUGGCCCCUCGCCGCUGAUGAUUCGGACGGCUCAUAUUUCUUCUCCGGCGGCAGGGAGAGAAGCAUACUCAGCGAGUUCGGGUGGAACCUCGAACCAGACCAACCGAACCGGAUCGGCACCGACGAUGGAUUGUGGCUUCCGGCUCAGUCUUCUCUGACAGGUUCGAUUGAACCAGCGGCGGCGGCGUCGUCCCGGUCGAAUAACCAAUCGGUGUCUUCAAGCUCCAGCGAGGAUCCGCCGGAGAAAUCGACCGUCUCCGACGAGAAACCGCCUGAGAUACCGAGUAAAAGUAAGAAGAAGGGGCAAAAGCGAAUACGGCAGCCACGGUUUGCAUUUAUGACCAAGAGUGAAGUGGAUCACCUUGAAGAUGGCUACAGAUGGCGGAAGUAUGGUCAGAAGGCAGUUAAAAAUAGUCCAUUCCCUAGGAGCUACUAUCGCUGCACAAACAGCAAAUGCACGGUGAAGAAAAGGGUAGAACGCUCUUCUGAGGACCCAACGAUUGUGAUUACUACAUAUGAAGGCCAACACUGUCAUCACACGGUUGGAUUUCCUCGAGGGGGAAUCAUUAAUCACGAAGCUACCUUUUCAAGCCAAUUGGCUCCUACAAUGUCACAGUUCUAUUACCCAAUUCAAUUAACCAGCGAGAAUAAUACCUUUAGCCCUAUUUCUCAGCCUCGCCAAGCACAGGAUGAAGCUGGAGGAUCCAGCGGAAUGAUACCAGCUAAUGCAUCGUCUCAGCCUCCCACAGAUGAGGGGUUGCUUGGAGAUAUUGUACCCCAGGGAAUGCGCAGCAGAUGAGAAGAAUAUUUAAUGAUAUAAAACAAAGACCAAAAAAAGAGUAACUUUGGAACUAUUUAUCGACUCCACGAGAAACACAUAUUAAAAGCUCAUAUACAACAAUAAUUUUUGUUUGUCUCCGUUCUCUUAUAGGUAAUUCUUUCUUCAGUUUCAUUUUCUUUAUGUAUCUAGUUAUCUACUUUUCUUCAUCGCAUCAUUAAUUAUAUGACUUAUUUUCUCUUUCACUUUUUAUUAUCUCUCUUCCUCCAAAGAUGGAUAAUACACUUCAUAAAAAUGUACAACUAUCAUUAUUCAUUUUUAUAUUUUGACGUGUGGAAAUUUUAGUUGGAGAGUGAGAAUAAGAGUUUUUUUAUUGUUGAUCUUCCCUAAGAAAACCUUUUUUAUACAGUUAAAGUGAAAUGAAUUUUGUUAUUUUAUUUAAGUUUGAGAAAAUACUGUUAAGAUAUAUGUAUAGAUACAGAAAAUAGAAAUAAUCAUAUACAAUGUUAAUAAUAGUGUAAUUUAUUUGAGGUUCAAAUAAUGAACUGAUGUUCUUGAUUUUCCUCCCAUAGGCUAUUAGGCCUUGAAUUGUUUAAUCUUCUCCACACUAUCGACUUUUUGUUUGAAAAGUCAGCUCCGCAUGACAUAUCUGUGUCUCUUUAUUGGGAAGAUCAAGAAACUUUGCUAGGUCUUCAGCUGUCUUUAAAAAGCCAAUUCGAUUAAAUAUUUAUACUGAUUUAAUAAGAGAUUUGCUGUCUGUCACUUUCGAAGAGAACAUGACAUGUCUCUCAAUAGAUAAAAGUUCAACCCUCAAAGAGCGGAUGGAGGCUCAUAUAGUCAUAUCUAGGGGCGUUUCUUGGUAGUAAAAUUGUGACUGAAAAAACCAUUGUUAUUCUAGCACCUCCACAAUUACGGCCAUCUAUUUAAUUUAGCUUAAUUAAUUACUCAUUAUCUAGCUAUAUACACGUACACCGUUACCGUUGGUGGUAGUUAUAGUUAUAGAUAGGUCUUGUCGCUUCAAGCAUAAAGACAAAAGGAAAGAAACAACUUCUAGAGAUCAGGUUUACCAGUUACAAGAUAUUACCCAUAUCGAAUCGUAUACGAGUUAAAUGUGUUACAUACACUACAAGGAUUAGGCACUCUAAGUGCUACCUUCCUCCAUAUAAUUGUUAGCUAGCCUCGUGUAGUUCAUGUCUUCGAUGCCUACAUCACGGAGUGAAAGUGGACUCAAUUCAUAAAUGACUUAAUUUGCCUGGCUUUCAAAUAUUGAUUACAUACACAAUAAAUAAAUAAUGGGGUGUGUGAUCAAAGGACUUGAUGAUAUUGUUCAUUCCCCAUGUCUGUAUUAUGUUGAUCUAGCGAUUUGAUUUUACGAUGUUGGCUCAAGAAUCCUUAUAAUCAUCACACUUGAUUAUUGUAAGUAUCCCAUUACCCCAGCAGUUGAUGGGUCAAUAAUCCUUGCUGUGAUUUGAUUCAUGCUGAUGGUCAGGUGGAGGUGGAGAUGGAGCAGAGAAAAUUACAUGGACAUGCAUGCAUCCUUGACCUCUACAUUCUCUGAACAAGUAGGCCACAGGAGGCAGCGAUUUUAUUUUUUUAGCAGCAAGUCCUUUUUACCUAUCACGAGAAGAGAAUCUAUGCAUGGGUACCGUACUACCAUGUUAGCAGGUAAUUAUCUAUCCUGGGGCAUAUAUAUUUUUGUUUUUUGGGUAAACAUCUUGGGUCAUAUUCCGACCUUAAGCUAAGAUAUAUAUCAUUCAUUUGGUGAUAGUUAUAAUUAAUGUAUGUAUACAAUUUAACACAUUACAUAUCAGUGAUAGCGGCGUUGUAUAAUGUAUAUUAAUUGAUAAUCUUUGAAAAACAAAUUGGCAUAAUUAAAUGAUAAUCUUUGCAGAAACAUAGAUUUGCAAAAAAGAAUAUGUAUGAAAAUAGAGGGUAGUGGGAGAGUUGAGGGAUUACAUGUUACGUGGGCAUGAAAAGGAGAGGGCAACGGUAAAUAGGGAUGGAUGCGGUGCGCAAUCAGUUGCGUGGAAUUCGAUAUUGCUUGGGAGUCGGCAGGCCACGUUGCUUUAGGCCACUCACUCCACUUUUCACUUUUCACUUUCCACUUUCCACUUUCCACUCCUUUCCUUUUCAGAUUUCACCCUCACUUUUUAUUUCCAUCUUUUCUUCUUCUUUUUUAUAUGUUAAAUAGUAUAAAAUAAAAACUGCAACUACCCACUGUGACUUUCGUCAAAUGAACGGAGUAUUUUUAAUUCAAAUAAAGUCAUCUAUCUUUCGU